AUGCCGUGGCGCCUCUAUGGUCUCCUACUGGUUUUAUGUGUGUCUCCACUGGCCUGCCUUGUGACAUCCCACUGCCCCGAGGGCUGCUGCUGUCCUCACCCUGGGCUGCUGGUCCUCUGUGAGUCCCUGGGCCUGAGGUCCCUGCCGGUCUCCGUCCCCUUCAACACAUCUGUCCUCUCUGUGGCCCGGAACCAGCUCUGUAAUGUGGACCACCUACUCUGGCCCUUCUCUGGCUUGCAGGAGCUCAGCCUCAGCCACAACCAACUGGCUCACUUCCCCCGGGGCCUGCCCCCCAGCCUGGAGACCCUGCAGCUGCAGAAGAACCGCAUCACCUACAUCACCACCGGGGCCCUGCGCCAGUUGGGCAACCUCACCCACCUAGACCUGGAGGACAACCGCAUCCGUGCCAUCCAGCCAGGGGCUCUGCUGGGCCUGGGGAGGCUGCAGGUUCUGACUCUGAAGGGGAACCAACUAACCAGCCUGCCUCUGAACCUGCCAGCCUCCCUCAUCCACUUAGAUCUGUCAGCUAACUGCAUCUCUGCCCUGGACCUCGCCUCGCUGAAUGCACUGGUCAACUUGCAGGUCCUGAAGAUCAACAGCAACUGCCUGCGCUCAGUGCCAGAGAGCGCCUUUGACGGGCUACCAAGUCUCCGUUCUCUGGAGCUGGCCAACAACCUGUGGUUGUGUGAGUGUGACAUCCUGUACCUGUACCGGUGGCUACUGAGUGGAAGGCUGAAGAUGGCCACUGACCUGGUGUGUGCUGAACCAACACACCUUGCACAUCGCAUGCUCCUAACCCUAUCUGUCAUGGCUAUCUGUCCACGGGUCCUAAAGCCUAAUGAGAAAGUUUCUCACCUCAGCUCCACCACCAAGCCAGAGAGACAGCUGGGUACCUCCACAGUGAAAACCCCUGUGCCUGGUUUUGUAUACUCACCCAUCAAAACCAGGGCUUUUGGAAGUCUCUCUGGUUCAUCAAAGCAAGCAUCGAAGGGAACAUUCACCAAUGUAGAGAGCCCCACUCAAUCGCCAUACCCUCACCAAGAUACUGCUCUGUCACGCCUUCUGUCUGACCACUACACUUUACAGGAUCGAAGCUAUGAAGACUGCUUGUCUCUGAAUUCAACACCAUCUGUAGCAACACCCAAGGAGCCUUCCACCACUUCUUUACCAAUUGAGGAGCCCAGGUGUUUAGACAAUUCUACAGGCCGAUACCCUCAUGGUAACUCAAGCGUUGUAGAAGCAACAAGUUCCACAAACAAGGAUGGCUCCUUACCUGCACCUGCACCCACUCCCAGAACCCUCACUCUGCACGGCUUCUCAGCAGUCAUAGGCCUGUUGGCUGUGUUGUGUGUGCUGGUGGGUCUUCUCAUUCUAGCAGUGCUGCUGAUCCUGAAAAAGAUCCUUGCGCAUAACCAGAGGGUGGCCCCAUUUCAGCAAUCAUGA